UUCGUAGUUGUCAGGUGUUUGAUUACUUCCGCUUCUUUUUACGGAUUAUUCCUGAUUGGGUGUAGAAAAACGAGGCUAUUGAAAGCUCAGUAUACAGUGUACGUCUUUAAUCACAUAGCAUUUUGUAAGCUUGUGGCAUAGGUUGAUUUUAAGGCUCAGAAUUUGGAACACUGAUUGCCUUGUGAGACGCACUGAACAAUUGUGUAAGAUUUCUCGUGGAACAAGUCACUGGAAUAAACGAAAAACAUGGAAGUUUCUGUGCUGUCGGCAAAUCAGCAGAACAGUUUACUCAUGACGGUCUACAUGGCCAACAAAGAAGUCAUUGAUGCCUUUCUACACAGUGCAUUAGAUGCUGCCAAAGUGCUUGUUCAACAGUGCAUGCCUAUAUUUACAAGGUUCUUCGAGAUUUUGCUGAAGACCUGCAGCAAUCUGCUCGAGAAUUGUAACCUUGUCCUUGAAAUAGCAAAGGUUCCAUUGCAGACUAUUCACGGAUUCGCUCAGUCCCAGCCGGUUGUCUUCACUGUUGUAUAUGUUACACUUCCUGUCAUCUGGAUGUGUCGACACAGGAUACUGAGCUUUCUAAAGUCCAAAUAGAAAGACGCCAUUGUUAAAAACAAUGCUCGUGAUCUAGGUGUGCAGACACAGAGCUUCCUCGGGUGAAAGAUAAACGCGCAGUUGUAAUAAAAACGUAAAUAAAGAGAAUAUAUAUAAGUAAAGCAUGAAUAUGCCAAAGUGUACCCCCAAAAAUAUUUAAAACAAACUUUUUUAACCGAUCAUUGUUGAAAUAAAGAACAUGAAUAUAACUUGCAACAUGACAGCCUUAUUUUUACAUCGGAUACCUUUAAUGCUUUUCGUUUUGUGAAUGAUCUAUUUAUUUUUUUGUUACAUAAUAAAUAAUACUGCUUACUUAUUUUGAGCAGUUUAAUAAUAGUUUCUAUAUUGUGUUUAUAUUUUGAUAUGCUAUUAUGAUAUGUGUAUGACAUGAGUAUGGAUGAUAAAAUAUAUGUUUAAAUCCAAAAAAUAUACUUUCUUAUUUAGAUUAUGAUGUUAAAAAUAUGUGUUAUUAUUAAUCAUUCUAAUGAAUGUGUGCUUAAAGGACUGUGAUAUAUAAUUUCUUAUCUUACAUUUUUUUUGACAUUUUGAUUAUGAACAAAACAAAAUGCGUGUUUUUUUUUGCUGUUCAGAUUAUAGCUCAAGUUUAGGCAUAAGCUAGUUUAAUGUUUGAAUCGAAUGCAUGUAUAUAACACAUAGAUGAAUGCUUUACACAACGACACAAUACAUACGUUGAACGAAACACGGGCUUACAUGAUUCACAUUAUCAAAAUACUAGAGUCAUUACUCAACUGAGUAGAUUUUUACAAUCUAGUAUUUAUUAUAAAAGAAACACAUAAUAUACAUUCUGUUGUUGUA